AAUCAAUAAUAAAUAUCAACGAGCUGCAGGCGGUUGAUCCGGUGCACUGACUGGUUCCAGGUGUUGUGUCCUGCAGCUGUCAUGGCGGUCUCUCAGGUGUCUCCUGGUCUGUACCUGAGCGGUCUGGACCCGGCUCUGAACCCGAGCGUCCUCACCAGGAGGAACAUCACGCUAAUUGUAAACGCCAGCGGGCUGGAGGACGUGUCCUACCCCCAGCUGGACGGCCUGCGUGUCCUCCACGUCCCCGUCCAGGACGAGCCUCACGCCCCCCUGAGACAGUACUUUGACCCGGUGGCUGAACGGAUCAACCAGAACCAGACAGGGAGGACCCUGGUCCACUGCACCGCCGGCCGGAGCCGCUCACCUGCUCUGAUCAUGGCCUAUCUGAUGAGGUUUGAAGGUCUCAGCCUGCGGCGGGCUCAUGAAGCCGUUCUGGACCAGCGUCCGUUCAUCCGACCCAACGCCGGCUUCUGGAGGCAGCUGAUGGACUACGAGAGGACUCUGACCGGCAGGAACACGGUGAGGAUGGCGAGGACGUCCAGCGGCGUCCUGCCUGAAGCUCUACGGGACUCUGAGGACACGAACACUGAAGCAGCGUACUGUGUUAACGUUUGAACCGUCAACAAACUGAGAACAAACGAUCUGCAGCCGAGUACAGAAAAGUGAAUCAGGACUCAACGUUUUUAACGAAGUACAGUA